CAAACCAGGGAAACCUCACUGAAAACAUGAAAUGGCCCUAUUUACAGUAAACUUAAAAUAUUAGAUGCUCCAGUACACAAAACUCAGACAUUCAGUUUGUAAGUGUUUAUCUGCUUGAUAUUCAAGGACACACCCAUCUGCACAUUUUGGAAUGAUAAAUGUGAUUAGAGUGAUGUCGAGGCCAAGAGAUCUGUAUUCUAAGGUAGAGUCUCUCAAUGAACUCGAUUUCGAUAGUUUGAAAGAAAAAGCUAUUUCGUUGUUGAGACAAAACCAGCAACUUGAAAAUAUUCUAUUGAAGCUCCGCGAACAGAAUGUAGAAAAACGUAAAACUAUCCAUCCAUUUGAAUUCGAGAGGUUUAAUCUUUUAAAAUAAGUAUUUUAGUAGGUAUAAAAAGCGUCAUAUAGCCCUAAAGUUCUCCUAUUUGGGUUGGGAUUAUGGUGGUCUAGUUCCUCAAUAUGGUCUUGCACUGACUGUUAUGGACCGCAUGUUUGACGCACUAGAGCAAUGCAGGCUAGUAAAGGAUAGGUUUGUUCGUUUACUGACUUUAUUUUCCCAGAAACGAGUGUGAAUUUUCAGUUUGUGGACGGACUGACAAGGGAGUUAGUGGAUUAUGCCAGGUGAUUUGAUAAUAUUUUAAAUAAUCAGUAAAUUUGAAGGUUGUAACCUUAAUAACACGGUCUGUCCUAGCUUCUGGUAUAGGCAUAAUCGAUGACUCUGGUCCCCGUAUAUCUGAACGUCAUGGUAUUCCCGAAGUUGAAAUGGACUACGUAUCUAUGCUAAACCAAAACCUACCACGAGACAUACGGGUUUUGGCUUGGUCUCCUGUCUCUUCAGACUUCAGCGCAAGGUUUGAUUGUUUGAAGAGAACAUAUGAAUAUUAUUUUCCUGAGGGUGGACUGGAUAUUAAGUCAAUGGUUGAUGCAGGUAGUCGACUGGUUGGAGUGCACGAUUUUCGAAAUUUUUGUGCUUCCCGAAUCGAAAAAGAAACAGUAACUUUUGUUCGUGAAAUCUUUGAAGUAUCGAUAAAUCUGGUGGAUGGUUCUGAAAAUCAUUCAGAUGACCACUCAAGACUUUAUCGAGUUACCAUUUCGGCAUCAGGUUUUCUCUAUCAUCAAAUACGCUAUAUUGCUUCCGUCUUGUUCAUGGUUGGAAGAGGAUAUGAAAGUCCAUCAGUUAUUGAUGACUUAUUGGAUUUAAAUAAGACUCCUGCUAAACCACAAUAUCAACUGUCUGCUGAUUUUCCAUUGUUAUUCAUUACCGGUGAAUAUCCAGAAUCUGCGCUGAGUUGGGAAACCAGUGAAGCUGCACAAUUACAUUUGGUUAAACAUUAUCAAAAGUUGUGGUCUGAAUAUGGAGUUCGAUCAGCUGUCAUUAAAAGAAUAUUAGACUUCGUUGAAAGUUCCUUUCCAAAUAGUUCAUCGCUGAACCAUCAUUUAGAUAAAAUAUGUCCAGAAGCUCGGUUUCAUCCUCCAAAUCCAAUCAAGAAGCUAUGUGUUAGACAAGUCGAACCUACUUUAGAUGAAAAGAUUGAAAAGAUACGUAAAAAACGGAAGAUGGAUACUAGUAAUUCAGAAAAUGUGACAAAUGAUGACAUUGAAAUCGCUUGAUCAAUUCAACUUAUUUUUAUUAAAUGUAUGCAUCUUGUAUAUUAUCUGAUCUACUUUUCUUAAUUGAUUGUGUUCUGCGAAGUUGAAAUCACGUUGCGGUUUUUUCAAGUACGCUGAAGUUCCUUGUUAGUUGAUUCGUAUUCAGCAGUAUACUAUGAAACAACACAAUUUCAAAUAGACAUAAGUAUUGCAGUUGUUUAGAGUUCACCAGAGAUUUGUUGUUUUCCAUAGGUAAUUUCAAACGAAUGUUUCCUGCACGCAAAACGUUUCGGCCCAUUAGGACUCUUCUAGCUUUGGUUUUAAUACAUUUUAAAACUUAUAAUUCUAGGUGGGAGACGUUAAAACCUGUUACUUUUGGGAUUCUGCCCUGCAAAUCCACUUUACUUUUUUAUUUUUCCCAGAUAGAGUAUGUACACAUUUGUAUUUACCUAUUUAACUUGACAUUACUUCGAAAAUACCAAGUUUUGCACCCUUAAGGAUAAAAAAGAUAAAUUUCAAUGUGCAUCGCUUAGUGUACACAACACUUCUGAACCAUUCAUUUUAACUAAAAGGGUACUUGACUUAGUCUGUAUACUGCAAGCGAUGAAACAUCAUCAUGAUCCUAAACUAUUUCAAUCUAACUUUGAUCCUAAGGUGUCUUAAAAUAUUAUCUAGACAUUGGUAAAAAUCUUGCCGGAUAACAGUUCCAUCUCAAGUUAUCUACAGAUAUGUGCAAAAUAUUUUUUAUUCAAAGAAAAUAUGUAAGGACAGAAGACAAACGCCAGGCAACAGAUCGUUUAUUUACAAAAUCAACACAUAUUUAUA